GCACACUGCAAAAAAUACAAUUUAUUUUCCCAGGGAGUUUUUUGGAUUUACGUUUAGUUUAUUUGGUUUGUAAAACAUGUCACUUGGUAAUGCCGAUCCUUGGCACUUGAAUAACACAUUGGUUGAGCAAGGAAGCACAGAGACGGCGGAAAAGGGCGACACUUUCGAGGAUAACUUUACCACGCCCCCCGGAAAAGAGAGCGACUUGGAAAAGGAGGUGAAAAUCGAGCCCCUGCCGGAUUCCAGCGACUAUCUGAAGUUACUAGAACGGAAGCUGGCCCGGGUGCAAAAGGGCAACAAACUGCUGGACAACCUGCGCGAUAAGCGGCAGGAUUGCAUGCGGGGAUUACUCUCCUCCGAGGGAGUUCCCAUUUCCAUAUUCGAGCAGUUCCUCGAGCUAGACGCCCCCAUCGAGAGCGGGCGCCUCCAUCGGCACCUGCUGCCCAUUCAGGCUGUAAACGUGGGCGAAACCUUCCACAUCUUGGAGCACGACGCACUGCAGCAGUCGGCAGAGGAGGCAGCAGCAGAGGAGGAGCGGCGGGAGGAGCAGGAGGAUCAGCCCCCUGCUGAGCACUAA